UGUGAAUCACCUUGAAGUGAUUGGGCAGUGGGUGUACUCUUGGUCUCUUUCUAGCAACUUGGUGUAUUAUUAAUUAAAUAAGUUUUAUUUUUUUGGCAAAAUAUUAAAUAAGUUAAAAAUAUUAGCCGGACAAAAGAGGAAUAUAUUUAUAUACCCUUGGUCUCUUAUUGGUUUGUUUAUUUAUCUAUCUUUCCAUCAAAAGAUGAAAGAUUAGAGAGAUUUUGUCAAAAGAAAAAAGAUUUGAGAGAGAGAAGCACAAAACAUAUUUAUAUAAUAUCUCUUUUCUAUUUAUUUAUGGAGUUUAUAUAUAAUAGCUCUCUAAAUUAUGUUCCUUACAUGAAUUGAUUGAACAUUAUUAAUAUUUUUGUGAAAGAGAAGAUGUCUUUGUCUCGCACGUGCUCACAGUGCGGCAACAACGGCCACAACUCUCGAACAUGCAACGACGGAGAAAACAGUAUCAUGAUUUUCGGUGUUCGACUCACCGGAGGUAACAACAACAACAACAACAACAAUACCAACUCUUUCAGAAAAAGUGCCAGCUUGAACAACCUCUCUCAAUACGAACAACCACCGCCUCAAGACUCCAACGUUGCUGAUGCCGGUUAUGUUUCCGACGACGUCGUUCACGCCUCCAGCCGUACACGCGAGCGCAAACGAGGUGUUCCUUGGACAGAGGAAGAACAUAAGCUGUUUCUAUUGGGGUUGCAAAAGGUUGGUAAAGGUGAUUGGCGAGGAAUUUCAAGAAACUUUGUUAAAACUCGCACACCAACUCAGGUCGCAAGUCAUGCUCAGAAGUAUUUCCUCCGCCGUCAUAACCAAAACCGCCGCCGCCGGAGAUCUAGCCUCUUUGACAUCACCACCGAUACGGUGAUGGAAUCUUUGACUAUAAUGGAAGGAGAGCAAUUUCAGCAAGAAAUUGCGGUGCCGCUCCCGCCGCCUACCCCUAGCGUAUAUCCAGCGUCACAUUACGGCGGCAUCUCCGGGACAGCUUUUCCGAUAGGUCUGGCUCCGGUAGCAUUGCCGGUGGCGAGUGGUGAAAGAUUGAUCACCAAGCCAAUUAGGCCAACGCCAAUGCUGCCUCCUUCUUCUAAGAUGGCUAAUUUGAACUUAAAAGAAAAAGUUUCUUCUUCCAUUCAACCUCUACCCUUGUCAUUGAAUUUGCAAUAUUCCUCACUGCCUUCUAAGGAUAGUUCACCGGAAAGUAGUAGCCGUUCGUCGCCGUCUUCGUCGUCGUCGAAUUUUCAAGCUAUGUCUUCGGGGAAGUAUAGUGGUGGGGGUGGAGAUAGUAAUAUUAUUAGUGUUGCCUAAAAAUGUAGUUUGGUUAAAUUGUUCUUGGUUGACUUGGGUUUGUAAAUUGAGGCCAAAGAUGGAAAUUGACCCAAGAGAUAGAAAGAAAAAAAAAAUAAUUGAAGAAUAUUAAUUAAUUAAGUAGGGAGAGUGAUAAUAUAUCAUUUCUAUUUAUAAAUAAAAGUCAACGAAAAUUAAUUUAUUUGAUGUAAUUUUAUAGUGUAUUUGAUCUAUAUUUUGAAUCAAAUAUAUUAAUUUUGUUGGUAUAUUUAUGUUUAUAAAUAGAAACAUAAGCAAAUAGCCAAUAGGGAAGGGAUGCAUGAAUUAUUAUGAGUAUGAUAAUAAUAUGACUAAGAAUUUAGGGGAAAAGAUAUUGUUAGGUUAUGUAGGUGAUUAGCCAAAUUAAUUGGUGGUUUUGAUGUACAUGUUUUGGAUGGUAGAUAAUUGGAUGGAGAAAGAGAAAAUGGGUUGGCAUAUUCUAUUCUAUUCUAUGGCUGAGGUUGUUGUUGGGGGAUUCUUGUUUCUAUUUGUCUGGGGAAGUGUGACCUUGAAGUGAUAGGGCAA